CCAGCGAGCUAGAGGGCGGCCCGGCGCGCCCACCGAGUCCUCCUUUCUCCCUGUCCGCAUCAACCUCGCCGGGUCUCCCUCAAGCGAGCGCCGCAGACUACCAACCGGCUGUUCCCGGGCGUACUGCGAGCCGCACGGAUGCAAAACCCUGCGAGCGUCCGUCUCCUUCCGAGGCUCUCCACCAAACUCCGGGCGCCCAGCUAAAGGACAGUCGGCCCAAUAUGUCAAGACCUCUGAUCACUAGAUCCCCUGCAUCUCCAUUGAACAAUCAAGGCAUCCCCACUCCAGCACAGCUCACAAAAUCCAACGCACCAGUUCACAUUGAUGUGGGUGGGCACAUGUAUACCAGCAGCUUGGCCACGCUUACAAAAUAUCCUGAUUCCAGAAUCGGCCGGCUUUUCGAUGGCACGGAGCCCAUUGUUCUUGACAGUCUCAAGCAGCAUUAUUUCAUCGACAGAGAUGGGCAGAUGUUCAGAUAUAUCUUGAAUUUUUUAAGGACAUCAAAACUCCUCAUUCCUGAUGAUUUCAAGGACUACAGUUUGUUAUAUGAAGAAGCGAAAUAUUUCCAGCUUCAGCCCAUGUUAGGAGAGAUGGAAAGGUGGAAACAGGACCGGGAGAGUGGCCGCUUCUCAAAGUCUUGCGAGUGCCUGGUGGUGCGAGUUGCCCCAGACCUUGGAGAAAGGAUUACACUGAGCGGCGACAAGUCGUUGAUAGAAGAAGUGUUUCCAGAAAUCGGUGAUGUGAUGUGUAAUUCCGUCAACGCCGGCUGGAAUCACGACUCCACGCAUGUCAUCCGAUUUCCGCUGAAUGGAUACUGCCACCUCAACUCAGUUCAGGUACUUGAGAGGUUACAGCAAAGAGGAUUUGAGAUUGUUGGCUCGUGUGGAGGUGGGGUGGACUCUUCCCAAUUCAGUGAAUACGUACUGAGACGAGAACUCAGAAGGACAUCUCGUGCACCCUCCGUCAUUCGAAUAAAGCAAGAGCCUCUGGACUAAAAUGGACACGUUUCUUUAUGCAAAACAAACAAACAAAACAAAAAAAAAGAGGAAAAGAGAGAGGAAAAAAAAAGGGGGACGUUUCAUGUGCAGUUUGGACUCCAAACAAGUCCUGGAACUAAAAUUGAAUAAAAGACACAUUUAUAUCAAAUAUAGAGACCACACCUGAAUUCAUAUGGGAACAUUGGAACAAUAGUAAUAAUAAUAACCUCAAGGUGUAAAAGAGAACAUACACACACGCAUAUAUAUAAAGAGUAUGUAUGUAUAUGUAUGUAUGUACAUAUAUAUAUGUAUGUAUAUGUCAAAGGGUAGGAAAUGCAACAACGAAACAGUGAUAGAUGAGGUUGGUGCUGUAAUGGCCAUUAAGUGUCCUAGGCCUUACUCAGGCCCACUUAACAGUGUACAAGCCAUUACCAUUGGGGGAUUCAUAGAUGACUCCUCACCCGUUUCCCAUUGCCAAACAGCCAUCCACUUCUUCACGUGUACACACCUUGACUCAACUUUAUUUGCAUAUGGAGGUUUAUGUCUGUCUUUUUUAGAGGUGGGUGGGCCAGGUGUUCAGGAGACAACCAUCCAUUGCGUUGGAAAGCUAGUCGACUGAAAUUUUAAAUGUAGUUUGUACAGAAGUCGCACACUUUUUUGUCUGCCCUCACAGAUGUGAAAGAUUACUUUUCUUUUGAAUGAGUUUUUUUGUUGUUUUUGGUUUUGUUUUGUGGUUUGGUUUUCUUGGUUUU